GGUGGGGACGUCUUGGCUUCUCUCUUUGCCGCUUCUACACGGCUGUUUCAUCUCCCUUUUUUUUUCUCUAUCGAUCUCUUCCGUCUCUUCUCGCGCGGAUGGAUCCGAUCAGGUAAGAGUCGUGCCGGGUGCAGAUCUUUUCGUCUGUGACUUUCUUUUUUCGGGUUUUUUUGGGGGGGUCUUUGAGUUGUUUCGGAGAAGGUUGUGGGGGAGAUCUGCAUGGAACAAAGACAGCGGAAGAGGACGGGCGGAUCGAGCAUGAGCAGUUUCUUCCCUGGGAAGGUUUGGGGUUCUUUUUGGGUUUAGUAAACGGCUCGGAUGCACUGGAUGCUGUAUUGGCGUGAGAUUCGAAAUAAUCCGUACCUAAGCCGAAGAGAAAUUUGUUAUGGUUCAAGCGAUUGGCUGGGAAUCUACGCCGGAUCUGUUGGUCUUACGAUUUCAUCUUUUUGAAAGUUGAGUUGAGAAAAGCAAUGAUCUGAUAGUCCUUUAAGGCAGAAGGGGAAUCGGCAGCUUUGGUGGCCGUUGCUAUGAUAGUCCUUGUGUAAGCUUUCAACAAGUUCAUAAUUCUAAUUAGUUAAAUGGAAAGAUCGGGUUCAUAUUUUUAUUUCGCCUUCUUCUCAUGGUGUUAUUGUUGCUACUGUUUAAGUAGCUAGCUGUUGAGGAAUCGUGCCGAGGAAGCUAUGGCUGGCCUUCUUUUUGCUAUACCUUGUUGGUUAAAUCUAGAGGACAAUAAAACUUCAUUUGACAAGUCAAGGAAUCUUAAAUAAUUUGGGCCCUGGGUUUUGGUCCCAUGAAUACAAGAUUUUUGGCAGGAACAUAAGUCACUGAUGUUGGUCAGGAAAAAUGAAAAGUCAUGAUACUCCUGACCUAUGUGGAACGUGAAAUUUGGAUUGUGAUCUUGUUCAUUUUUUUUCCAGAAUCGACGCGUAUUUUAAGGAAUGGUUUUUCAGCAUCAUGAACUUUUGGGCAGAUGUUACAAAAUUUACUAAUUGACAGUUGACAUUCAUUUAAAUGGAUCGUGUUACCUUGACGGACUAUAAGGUUAUUGGUUGUUUUGACAGGCAUAACUUUUUUGGGUAACUGAGUGAUGGAUAUUUGUGCCUUUGGUAGAUCUGAUAAUGUACAGAAAUUAUGGAUUAAUACUGGUUUGUUGAACCACUUAUCACAUGAAACUGUUUGUUUUUUAUUUAUAUAAAUCUAAUUUAGUGGUGAAGAAAUAUGCGCUAUUUUAUGGAGGGUAACAAUUUGGAUACUGAGUCCUGUUCCACAUCUUAGCUUGUAUGCAUUAGUUUGAGAGAGUAGCAGGUGAAUUUCCUGAUCAUCUUGAGGACAAGUGUUCCGUUCUUGCUCUCAUCGAGUAUCCCAGCUUUUGUCCACAGGGUUGCAUAAGGAGUGGAAAACGAGUUCUGCAUUAAAUUAGGCUCCAGAUAUCAGCACUUGUAAGUUUGUGUCCUUGUGUAAUGCCUUUUCUGGGUAAGUGGUUAUAACAGGUAACUAGGCAAUUGCAGGAGAGGCAUGGGGAAGAUCAGGUUUUAAAGACCAUAUCAUGAUUCCUUCGUUCAGAAUCUGGAUUGAAACUGUCUUCUGCCUGGAAAGCAUUUGAGUGGCUUUUACUUGUUGCUAUAGAUCUAUGUAAAACUAUGUGCAUAAGAUUUAAAGUGGUUAUUGGACUGAGAUGAGAAACUAUAUGCUUUGCCGGACCAGUAAAUUCCAGUUGGGACAAUAUUUGAAACCAUGGUUCUAUUGUUCCUCAUUUUAUCUUCUUUCGGACUUCGGAGCUUCGUCCAAUUAUUCACCCAAAGAAAAUAUUUUUUAUUCUAUCUUUUCUAGUAGUUUCACCUUUACAUUCUUAUCCGGAUAUACUGAUUUUUCAUAAAUGUUGUUUCUUAACCGUUCAAUAUUGUGUUUCAUGGAGCAUAAGUUGUCUAAAAGCUAUCUUAUUAAAACUUUAUUUUAAUUUAAAGAGCACAUGAUGAUCAUGCAACACUCUUGAUUUAUUUUCCCACCUUAUCAUCAAUUUCUCCUUUUAAAUCCAAGAUUCCUAAACUUUUUAGUUAUAGAAACUUAUUUUUUAUUCAUCUUAAUAGGACCAUCCAUUUAUUUUUAGUAUUAAUAAAAUUACAAAUCAUCAUUGUAUGGUUAUUUGGUACAAUAAUUUUGUUGAUGCUGAUUAUAUUGUAGUGGCAUCAUUGAAAUGACAUUAAAUGGCAUCAUUUGUCUAUAUUUCUCUUGUCAGCUUUGGCUUCAUCACUGUAUCUAAUACUUAUCUGCUCAUGUUUGUGUACUCUUUUAGGGUUGAUGGUGGUGCACCUUCACAUUCUGAUAAUAGAUUAGUUGAUACUGCAUCAGCAUAGAUCAUUCUAUGUUUCACUCCGUUUAAGAGAAUUAAGAUAGGUUUUCUCUUGGUCAGCCAUAAUCUUAGCAAAUGCAGCUACAUAAAGAGUUUGAAACUGACCAUUCAGAUCAUCACUCUGGUGAGUCUAUUUCAGGUAUGCCAAUAAAAAAAAGGCUGUUUCAUUUGUCACAGUGCUCAUCUUCUCUGUCCCAAGAAACAUGUACAAUGCCCCAUAAUUGUCGGGGGCAACCUAAAAAGUUCUUUCUCGAAGAAGAAUCUUCGGUUUCAGAGAAUGGUGCUGCUCUAGCACUAGACACCAAUACCAUUCCUAAAGACUUCCUAAAGUCUUCCUCCACAUUAUCUGGUCAGAAAUCUUAUUUUUAUGGUCCUAACAUGUCAAUGUUUCAUUCAAGUGCUGUCCAAGCUGAUCAUGAGAACAUGGAACUCAAGAAAGCCACAAGUACUUUCAAGGGAUCAAAUAUGGUGGAAGAUCCGAACAUAGAUAACAGAUCAUCCCUUAGCUUGAGUAUGGAAAAAGGAAAACAGUUAGCACAACUCGGUAUAUCUGAAAUGGUUAUAGGUGACAGGCAUAUUGAAGGGAAAUUUUCUUCAAGUGAUGUGCCUGCAUUUAGAGGCGUUGAAACAACAUCCAAUAUGCGUUUAACAUCAUGUAAUGAUAAGAAAUAUCAUGGUUACAACUCAUUGGAGCGAGAGAAAGUUGAAAUGUGUUCAAUGGAUCUGCCUCUGGUCAAGGGGUCACAACAUCUGAAUCCAACCAUGUACAAUGACUUGGAUCCAAAAUAUGGUUCUGCUCAUCACUGUGUGAACAGAGUAAAUUGGGAUUUGAAUGUUCCGAUGGAAGUAUGGGAUGCCAGCAUAAAUGAUUCAAUUAUAGAACACGACAUCAAUAAUAGGUUAAAUCAGAGGGCCAUGCACCAGCAAAACAUUGACAGAUGCCUUUUCCAAACUACUCUAGGGACCAUUGGGAGUGAUUUGACAUUAGGAACAUCUAUGGUUGAGAAAAAUCAUUGCAGCCCCAGAUUGACAGAUCUGGGAAUGCCUGCUGAUGACGAUAGAGAGUAUGAAGGUGGCUUGGAAUUGCAGCUUAGACCACCUAGCCGGCCGGAGUUACGAAUUAAAUGGGGAAAGAUAGUGCCUCCCGAUCUAAGUCUGUCGUUGACUGGGAAUCUUUCAGAUGCAUCUUGUAGCGUUAUGAAACCUGAACCAUGUGAGGACAACAGUCAAAAAGAAACUGAAAAUUUUCAACUUAGUAGUCUAAAACCAGUGGGUAUUAGCCUUGUGAAAUCUGAACCAUGUGAUGAAAGUUCUCAGGGUGAAGCUUCCAGCGUAGCUGUUCCCUUUGAUCAGGAACCUUCAGUAGGCAGAAUGAGGAAAUCAGAAGCACCUCAGGAACUUGAGGGAAAGUCAUCAAAUCUGGAGUUGGAGAGUCAUCAAUUAACAUCGUGUUGUACAGACAUCCCAUUAAGUAAGGUUAAGGCUGUGGUUUUGAACUCUAAUGUUGUGCUUCAUGAUGGUAGCCCAGUUAUCCCUGAUAAUUUAAAGAUAAAAUCAGGUGAAAGCACUUGUCUAGCCUUAGACUGCACCGCAGUAUCAGGUGCUAGUAUACCUUGUAAAGCUGAGGUUAUGCUUACGGACACUUGCACUCACCAUGAUUCACAAAAAAGUACUGUUAAACCAUUGGAUAUGGUUGUAGGCUCCGUCGUUUCUGACGCAAAAGGAUUUAUUACAAAUGAAACAGAAAUUUCUGAAACUGCUGACGUAGCUUCUACACUGCAUCAUGAAUCUGUGGUUUCUGAUCUUGAAGAACCCAUGGCUUGUGAUGGUAUGUCCGAAGGUAGUGCUGAAAUGGACUUCUCAGGUGGUGAAUAUUAUACUUCACCGAAAGUAGUUGCUAGAGAUGAUCUCCAUGUUAGUGACAAAAGUGGUGUAUCAAGUGGUGGAGACCAGGACAGCAUGGACUUGCCUGCUGAGAUUCAGACAGAGCAGCCUAAUGACGAUGACCUACAGUUGGAUGCUUCUAAUCAUCUAAGGUGUUCAAGAGAUGAGAUCAGUAGAUCUGAAGGUGGUGAUCUUGAGGACAAAGGUGCUGAUCCUAGAGAUCCUGUGCCACAAUGUGCAAAUGAGGUUUCAUGUGACCAUGACGAGAAAAGAGUACAUGGAUAUAUGUCACAUUGUGCCAAUGAGGUUCCAUGCAAGAAUGUAAAGGAGGUACAGGGAGAUGUUGCUACAGCCUUGUUUAGUUCAAACAGUGUUCCCAUCAUGGUGGAAGUACAUUUGGAUAAAAAAGGAAAACAAAUAGUUUCUCAGGAGGCAAGGAGUGGUCAUAGUGCCAAAGAUAUUGAUGGGAAUAUGAAAGAUGAUAAAAAACAGACAAGUUGUGACUUGACAACAGAUGUGCAUGAAUUAUCAGUCACUAGAGUGCUAAGGGCAUCUUCUAGUAAGAGGCUUACAAAACCUUGUCAUGGAGGAAUAGAGAUGUGCCUUGGAAAGGACAAGGUCUCAGAGAUGAAGUCAAAUUCCUUCGAUGCGAUUGCAAAAACCAAUCGGAAUAACUUGGGCAAAUGGCAGAUUAGCGGUAUGUAUGCCAGUGCAUCUAUUAAGCAUCCGGAAUUGCCAGAGAGAGAUUUUGAUGUCAGUGGCAUUGUAAAUAAGCAUGUUGAUGAUGCAGGUAGGCAUAACCACAUUAAGAAUGCCGAUGCUAGCUGUAAGAAUAGACAGAUUGAAAAGGUAAGUUCACCUACUAUUAAGUCAUUUGGCCAGAGGAGGCCUAUUUCUGCUUGGACAGUUCCAUCAGGGACUGAGGAGAGAGUGAUUAUUAAGCAGAGGCAAGACAGAUUGUAUUCUGAAGGGAGAAGGCCUUCAAAAGUUGAAAGUAGGAAGAAUCAAGGACAGCGUGUUGAUAAAUGUGAUUCUAACUACAGAAGCACCAGAAGGCAUGGCAACAAGUAUUUUGAUCGGGAUUCUGACACCCAGUAUGCACCAGAACUUAAUAAUUCAGGGAAGCACCAUCUCCCGAAGCUGAGUAAACGGUUGGAAAUUCCAUUUGGCUCUGUUGGGAAUGCUGGUAGAUUAUUGAGAAAGCCAAUAAAUGAUCAGCCAAAUAAUUCAUCUUGUUUUCCAUCUUGGAGGCAGUUGCCAGGGCACCAAGAGGUACCAUCAUUGCUGGUUGCCCGAAGUGCUGGAUUCCUAGCAAAGAACACUACGUCGAACAGGUUCAUUGGGAGAAAAAUCCAUGAUGACACUCUACUGGCUCAUGAGGACAAUAUGAUUGGGAAUUUACCUGGUGAAAUGGUAGAUAAUGUAUUGUAUUCACGCCCGAACCUGCAAUAUGAGCCAACUGAGAAUGAUCUCAUGACAUGGGGAAGGAGCCUUUCACCUCUCCGGAGGAGGCUCCAUCCAGUACAGUACUAUCGAGCACACUCACCUCGUAUGUGGCCUUCACCUGGAAGAUCACCUGAAAUGGUAGUUGAUAGACAUCAAGAGCUAAUAAGACAUGGUCCAUCACCCGUUGUCAGGGUUGGUAUGUCGAGAUCACCCCAUCCACAACCUUGUUUUCCUGAAGAUGGAAUAGUCAGAAGGAAUGUUUCGCCGCCUUAUCCUCAGUUUCCUGCUGACAUGAGAGACAUGCUUCCUGUUGAUGAUCUUAACUUUCACAGGCCUGGUGGGGUUCUUCAGAGGAAUUUAAGGAGGUUUGACAUGAUGCCACAUGAUACUGUUGAGGACUACCUUGGACCUCCAGAGUUUGUCGAUCAUUUUGAUCGAAGGGAUUAUUAUGAUAGGCGUGAACGUGUUCAACCUUUGUAUCCAGGUUGUGAUCCUGGUGACAUUGGAAAGGAUGCUCUUCCUUAUGAUGAUGGUUGUCAUAUGCCUAACAGGUUUUUCCCAGUGGGUGAAGUGGUUCCUGCUAGGGGCAGCUCAAGGGACUUCGUCAGUCACAUAAGGAACCGACUUGGAAAUGCUACUAACAUAUUUCGAACACAGGAGCAGGGUGAAGAUUACAGAUAUCAUAGAAAACAAGGAUGGCAUGAAGGUGGUUUCAAUGAUAUGAGGCCUAAAAGGAGAAAGUUCUAAUAGUGUAGGUUGUUUUCAGGGUAUUAGCAUGUAUGCCAAGAAAACUGGUUGCCAGCUCUUCGGCUUGACUUCCCUCUUUUAUGGUGGCCCAGAUUUGGUCCUUCAUGGAGAAUGGUGCGAAUAGAAGGCGAUCAGCAUGACUCAGUUGGGUAAGUUAUUGAUGCUCAUUUAUCAGCAUGAGCAAGUUUGGGUAUUAAAGCCAUCAUCCUAAUUCUUCUUCGUGGACUAAUAUGUUGCACCAACAUGGUUGGCAUUACUGCAAAAAUAAAAGAAAAAUAUUGGUUGGUACCAAGGAAAAAUAUAUGUCGAGACAUGGCAUAGCAGUUUGAUCGUAUCCUUUUCAAGAACUUGUCAGGGAAAUAUACUUAGCUCUUUUUCUUCAUUGCCAAAGAUUAAUGGUCAGAAGAUGAGCGAAAAUGAAUCACUGUCUUUUGACUCGGUAUAUUAUAUCUUGCAUACAUCUACAGAAUCCUAAUUUUUCUUUAAUCUACUUGAGUCGCACAAUUAAGGCUUGUAACAAUCAUUUGGAUUAUCCAAAAGAGAUGUUUUAGCUGAUUUGGAUUAACCUCAAGAGGAGGAAAAGAGGAAAAGAGCAGAAAGUUUGCUGUUUGACUGGCACCUGCAACGUAUGUAUAUAUCUGGAUUUUAAUAUAAUAAAUUUAUGCCACAUAAUCAAUCAUGCAUAAUUUCCGGUAUUGUCAUUCUUCUAUAGAACCAGAUCUUCUACAGACUACUGGUUCUUUAUUGGAAGCUCUAUUGAAUAUUGUCAGCGUUAUAAGAAGAUACUGGAUAGACUUGCAGCAUGGACUGACUAAACCUGUAGCAGCUUAGUACCUUAAACUGGAUACUCUCAUCAAGCAUAUGAGUUCUGGACCACAGUGAUGGCAGUGGACACGUCUCCGUGUAGCGACCAUGAUGUGCCUGAAUCCGCACUUUUCUUCUGGGCUCUAUAGUAGUCUUUUUCUGACAUGGCUGAAUCAGUUCCAACACCCUCCAUCCUCCUCAGUAGGGAGCCGAUCUUGGCUUAAGGAGCUCUACCUUUCAUGAUGGGGCAUCUGUCCGACUUAAGGAGCUCUAUGGACAGGUAAAUCCUAACUAAAUCUCUCUCUUCUCUUUAUGGAGCUGAAGGAGUUUGUGAGACUGCAUUACUCAAUUACAAAUGGUCUACUUGCAAACAAUCAACCAUAUUGAACAUAUACGACGCCGAGAAGCUACUAUUACAAAUCUUGUAUACAUAACACCAAGAAAAACAAGGGGGAAGAAAGAACGAAGGAUACAAAGAUCAAAUCCUCGUACAAACAACUUUGGUGAUGACAGAUCUUAAUCCAGUUACCUCCCCUCUGACUUGAUCAACUGCGAGAAGACUUUGCUCAUGGAGACUUCCGUCAGAUCAUUGAGCGGUGACGUACCAGCUUCCCUUGCCGGUGUGCUCUCCAAGGCAUCCAUGUUUUGAAGCCGUGGUGAAAGCUCUGCAAUGCCAUUGAUGCUGUCUACCUGGGAAGCAUCGGCAUCUGCCUCUUGCAGGUGUAGCACGUACUCCAAGUUCCAGAGGACGUCUCCCAUGGAGGGGCGGUCCACGCCCGAGUCCGCAAGGCAUUUCUCGAUCGUCUCCCCAUAUUUCCUCAGCGACUCAGGCUUGAUGGAUCCCGCGACCCGAGCAUCCACGAUCUGCUCCAGCUCCCCCCGCUUCUGCCACUUCAUUCCCCACUCCGCCAGGUUCACCAUCUCUCUCGGGAGGGUGGGAUCGAUGACCGGUCUCGCGCACAGCACCUCCAGCAAGACUACCCCGAACGAGUACACAUCCGACUUCUCCGUCAACUGCUGCCUCCGGAAGUACUCGGGAUCCAGGUAUCCGAAGCUCCCCUUCACGGCGGUGCUGACGUGCGUCUGAUCCAGCUCAGGGCCGGUCUUGGAGAGCCCGAAGUCAGCCACCUUUGCCAGGAGAUUCUCGUCGAGCAGUAUGUUCGCAGAUUUCACGUCGCGGUGGAUGAUCGCCUUGACUUGACCGGUGUGAAGGUAGUGCAGUCCUCUCGCUGAUCCGAUGCAGAUCUCCAGCCUCUGCUUCCAACUGAGAGGAGGGAGGUUGGAGCCGUAGAGAUGGCUCUUGACCGUGCCCUUCUCCAUGUACUCGUAAACCAGAAUCAUCUCGUUCUUCUCGUCGCAGUACCCGAUGAGAGAAACCAGGUGGCGGUGGCGCAGGCGCGACAGCAGCUCGAUCUCAGUGCGGAACUCGUUGAGGCCUUGCUGAGAUGUCGGGUUCCCCCUCUUGACCGCCACCCUCGUUUCGUCCCUCAGCGCUCCCCUGUAUACCUUCCCGAAACCUCCAACCCCGAUCACCCAAUCCUCGUCGAAGUUGUUGGUCGCCUCAUGCAGCACCGCGAAGGAGAAACGAUAGCCGAGGCUUCCGUUCUGCCCGAUCGUGAAGACGGUUCCAUUGGACGUCCCGCUUACUGCGCUAUGAGAAGUGAAGCCAUUAAUGGAGAAAGGAGCCCAAGUUUUGGAAUACUUCUUCGCGAGCUUCCUCCUCCUCAGGACCCAGCAAACAACUAUGGCGGCGAUGGCCACCGCCGCGAUUGCUCCGAGGAUCGAGCCCAGUAUGACGCCAAAGUGCUUCUUGGAACCGGGCGGCGUGACGACCACGGCAGAACCAGCGGAGCCAUUGAUCUUCAUUAUCUCAAGGCCAUUGAGAAUGGCGUUCUGCACGUCACCGUUCAAGGUGGAAGGACUGAUGCCGACGCUAAGCUUAUCAGAUCCGACGUCUGCCUCCACAACGAAGUCCAUGAAGACAGCUGUGGCCAAGCUGUGUAAUGUAAUGGUAGCGAGAUCGAGAUCAUUAGCUGCAAGCCAGGUGUUGAUGUAGACAUUAAACAGCAGGUCGCCGGCCGCCUUGCUGACGAUAUCACAGAAGUGAAACCUUAUCAGGUAGCUCGACUUGGCGUCCACAUCGAAUUGCCAUGUGACGUUGAAGAGGGAGUUCGAAGUGUUUUGGGCAGCAUCCGACAGCUCUGCGGCUGAGGCGUAGACGGCAUCAGGGGCGGUCUCCUGGGUGGCUCCCCCCGGCACAUGAUUGAUUCUUCCGGAGUAGAUGACCUGCUGGGAGAGACCACUGGCAAGCAGAAACUUCCCAUCGGUUUCCCAUGUUCUCCACAGGGUGUCGUUGUUGGGGAGGAUCUGCGGCCCGCCCAUGUUGAUCCGAUACAUCGCCUCCAAUGGCUGCCCUGAUAAGCCCCGGUAGGUGCCCUGAGGUUGGACAGUCUUUGCGGCAUCCCCGAUCAGAUCGUCGGGAACGGAGACGACUUCUACGGCGUUCACGAAAGCAAGGGGAGAGCUUCCUGUUGGUGCAAAUGUAAGGAUGAGAGUGUCGCUGGUUAUGUUCAGGGAGAAUUCCUUGACGGCCGUGGCAUUCGCCUUCGGCUGGAAGUCGUCGAAGAGGGCCACGUCUUGAGCCGAGACGCUGAAGGUUGCAGCAGAGAGGUUGUAGCUCCGGUGGACGAAGGGGAAGAAGUAGAGGCGGAUGAAGUGUCUUCCAUGCGCCUUGAUUUGGAAGGAAUAGGAGGAGGGUGCUGGGAAGACCCGGGCGGUCUGGAAGAGGGCGGCGCCAUAGGAAGAAGGGAUCGAGCUCAGCGAGGCGUUGGCUAAGUUGUUCGAGGAGGGUGUCAAGGUGGAAGAGAGGGAGACAUCCGCGACGAACACUCUGCUGCCGAUGGUUGUAUUUGUCAACGAGCCACAGUCGAUCAGGUAGUUGUCUGCGGGGGUAAAUGUGCAGUGAACGCAUCGAAUCGCAGUGAUCAUGAAGAAGAUGAGACUCGCUUCGAUCGCUCCAAGGGCCAUCACGAAGCAACGGUGGCCAAGAUGGGGGUUCUUUCGCCAAUGCUGUCAAGGCGGAGGAAGAAGAAGAUGUAAUUGAGCCGCAGAGCCCAACUCACGGGCAAGAAACGAAAGGAGGAGAACAGGACAAGCCUAAUAAUCCAACUUCAAACCAGAACCCAUUUUUUCUUGAUCGAAACAUCAAAUGGCACCAAGAUUCAUGAAAAUGAACAUCGAAAAGAUCCAAAAGAACCAAUCUUGGGCGGGGCGCUACGAUCUACGGUGAAGAAGACCGAGAAGAUGACAGGCGGAGCAGGGGACUCCUAAUUUGCGAGCAACCGAAUAAAGAAGAAACAACUUGAGGCGAUCGGAAUCGGACUCAGAAAAGAGCAACAGCGAGGAUUAUACCGGAAAAGCAGAAGCAAAGAUUACACCUUUGGAGCUCAAGAGUCUCAGCAGAUCUGCAACACAGUGGCUCAGCAAAACAAAGAUCGCUCCUUUCCCAUGAUGGAUCCGAUGGGCCUGGAUUCAGAGAAGCAGCGGUGAACAGAGCCGUGUCAAUGCUCCAAAGCUGGAUUCAAGGAAGGCUGAAUUGGAAGACGGAGUAGGAUAACCAGCCACUCCUCUUCUCUAAGUAUUGAAUGGAAGGUGAGAUUUCUUAUUCGUAGAAAAGGGGAGUAGGUGUUCCCAGUGAGUGGGUUGCCACUCUUGCAUGUAGAUGUGUAUCAUGGUCAAUGUCUGGCUUCCAUUGUUGCAUCUCUCUGACCAUUGAUUGCGCAUCUCAGGAUCAAGCUGUCAUAUUCCAUCCAGAGAGAACACAGAAAACUGAGGUUAGCAUUGA